UCCGUUAGGUUAUAUAUUCUAUGUUCAAACAUUACGAACACAAUUAAUAAAAGAAUGGACGGUGAAAAUGUGAAAAAUGAAGAAUUCUGUUUAAAAUUAGAAAUCAAAGAAGAGGUUAAUGACGAAUUAUUAUAUGAAGUGGAUUCGAAAAAUAAUGAAAUAUGUGACAAUAUUAGUGAUAAUAAGUUACAUUCAGAAUUAAUUUUAAAAGAUGAAAGCUAUGAUGCAAUAUUUGAAGAAGCUGAAACUGAUUUAAAUUAUCAUGAAUUGUUAAAGGAAAAUUAUUUUUGUGAUAAAAUUUUUACAACUGAAAUUGAAUUACGUAACCAUGAAAAAUUACUCAAACAUAAAUUGUAUUCAUGUGAUGUGUGUGAUAAAAAGUUUAAGCAACAACAUUAUUUAACUGUUCAUAAACGAACACAUACUGGAGAAAAACCAUUUGGUUGUGAUAUUUGUAAUAAAAAAUUUAUCCUAAAACACCAUUUAGUUGGACAUAAACGAACACAUACUGGAGAAAAACCAUUUGGUUGUGAUAUUUGUAAUAAAAAAUUUAUCCAAAAACACCAUUUAGUUCUACAUAAACGAACGCAUACUGGAGAAAAACCAUUUGGUUGUGAUAUUUGUAAUAAAAAAUUUAUCCAAAAACACCAUUUAGUUCUACAUAAACGAAGACAUACUGGAGAAAAACCAUUUUCUUGUGAUGUUUGUGAAAACAAAUUUAAUAGAAAAGACAAUUUAGUUGUACAUAAACGAUUACAUACUGGAGAAAAAUCAUUUAGUUGUGAUAUUUGUAAUAAAAAAUUUAUCCAAAAACACCAAUUAGUUCUACAUAAACGAUCACAUACUGGAGAAAAACCAUUUGGUUGUGAUAUUUGUAAUAAAAAAUUUAUCCAAAAACACCAUUUAGUUCUACAUAAACGAACACAUACUGGAGAAAAACCAUUCGGUUGUGAUAUUUGUAAUAAAAAAUUUAUCCAAAAACACCAGUUAGUUCUACAUAAACGAUCACAUACUGGAGAAGAGAUAUUUUCGUGUGAUGUUUGUGAUAAAAAAUUUAACCUAAAACACAAUUUAGUUCUACAUAAACGAAGACAUACUGGAGAAAAACCAUUUUCUUGUGAUGUUUGUGAAAACAAAUUUAAUAGAAAAGACCAUUUAGUUGUACAUAAACGAUUACAUACUGGAGAAAAAUCAUUUAGUUGUGAUAUUUGUAAUAAAAAAUUUAUCCAAAAACACCAAUUAGUUCUACAUAAACGAUCACAUACUGGAGAAAAACCAUUUGGUUGUGAUAUUUGUAAUAAAAAAUUUAUCCAAAAACACCAUUUAGUUGGACAUAAACGAACACAUACUGGAGAAAAACCAUUCGGUUGUGAUAUUUGUAAUAAAAAAUUUAUCCAAAAACACCAGUUAGUUCUACAUAAACGAUCACAUACUGGAGAAGAGAUAUUCUCGUGUGAUGUUUGUGAUAAAAAAUUUGUUCACUCACAACUUUUAAUUCGACAUAAACGAACACAUACUGGGGCAAAACCAUUUUCAUGUUAUAUUUGUGAAAAAAAAUUUAAACACCAAUGCGUUUUAGUUGCACAUGAACGAAUUCAUACUGGAGAAAAACCAUUCUCCUGUGAUGUUUGUGAGAAAAAAUUUAACAUAAAACAGAAUUUAGUUCGACAUAAACGAUUACAUACUACUGGGAAAGAAUCAUUCUCAUGUGACGAAUGUGAAAGAAAAUUUAACUCAGAACACCAUUUAAUUAAACAUAAACUAAAAAUACAUACUACAGAAAAACCAGCCCCGUGUGAUGGUCAUAAUAAAACAUUUCAGUUUAAGAAGAGUUUAGUAAAACAAAGACUUGUACAAUUAAGACCACCAACACCUCCAUACGUAUGUGAAGAUUGUGAUCUAAUUAUUACCAAUCAAAAUGAAUUAAAAGAU